ACACACAUAAAACCUAGCUAACUUACCUAACAUUAGCUAAAACACAUCCUAAAGCUGUUUAAGAGCACACAAAGUGUCCUCGUCCGAUCUGGGGGUUAAAUAAGCUGGAAAACCUAGCUGAAAGAUACCUAACAAUCCUAUCACUAAAAUAAAGGGAGGCAAAGCCAUGAAGACUUAAAUUAACAGGUAAGCAGUGGAAUUAGUGGCACUAGCUAGCUUGCUAGCCUGGUGGUCACCAUGGUUACUGCAGAAGAGAUUCCACUGACAUCACAGCUGUGACAUCACACACCUGAGCAUAUAUAGGCAGGAGUUCCGUCAGUUCGAGUUCAGGCUGGAGCUGGGAGACGCAGUAUCAGGACUUCGGAGGGAAUCUUGCAGUUACUGAGGACGAGCAGCUUUAGCAAUAUGUCUUUACUGAACUCGGUAAAGACGGCGGUUCAGCGGCCGGUGAAGAUCAACCGGCAGAGCUGGGAGAACUUCCAGUACGGGAAGACCAACCACCCCAGCAGGAGAGAGAAACGUACACACCUGUUAAUGGACGGACAUGGGGACGCUCCUGCACUGAAACAGGCCAGGCUUCCACUGGAGAGAGAUACUGUCGUUAGCGCCAGCGGAACCUGUGCUAAGAGGAAGCUGGAGGAGACACUAGAGGAUGAAGCUCCAGUUAUGAAAAAGGCUCGAAUCCAGCUAGAGAGAGCUCUUCCCACGGUAUGGAUCAUAGGGGACAGCUAUAUUCGCCGUGGGGAGGAGAUAGCGAGGAGCUCACUGGGAGGUGACCUGGGCGUGCAGGCUGAGGUCAGCUGGUUCGGCUGGGGAGGACUGAGGUGGCAGGGUCUCGUCCCGUACUUUAACCAGUCUCUACGAGGAAGAGCGGCUCCGGACGUGCUGAUCAUUCACUGUGGCGGGAACGACCUUGGAGGAAUGAACGCCGUUCAUCUCAGCGCACAGAUGAAGGCGGAUCUGUGUGAUCUCCACCGUCGUUUCCCACACAUGAAGAUCAUGCUGUCGGAGAUCACCCCCCGACGUCAGUGGAGGUCCACCAUUCACCCCAAGAGGAUCGACGUGGCCCGGAAAUGGGUGAACCGCGAGAUGGCCGAUUUCAUCUUGGGAGUGGAGGGGGGUGUUAUUCAUCACCCAGAUAUCCUGUUCCACAACCCUCGACUGUUCCUCAGAGACAAGGUUCACCGGUCUCCUUCUGGCAAUGAACUCUUUUUAAAUGACAUCGCAGAAUCCCUGAAAACCUUCAUCUAAUAAAAGUGAUUCUGCUGAAAUCA